GUACCCGGAAGUUGUGGUGUUUGAUUGUUCUGGUCUAGGUCCGUUGACUCCUGGUCCUGGUCCCGCUCCCCUCAGCCUCCGGUCGUCGCCAUGGUGCAGAUGAUGGAGUCGCAGUGUGAAUACUUCAUGUAUUUCCCGGCGGUGCCCAUCACGGACCUGUCGGACCCGGCCCGGUACCGCAGCUUGCCCCGGCGGAGCCACCUCUACCUGGGCGAGACGGUCCGCUUCCUGCUGGUGCUGCGGUGCCGAGACGCUGCGGGGACACCGAGCGAGCAGGGCCCCGCAGGGGGCACUGAUGUGGCACCACCCGGUUUUGGCUCAGAGUCGGCCAGCAGCCGAGCGUGGAGGGAACUGGCCGGCUCUCUCUGCGCCGUGGCCAGCGUCAGUCCGGGUGAGAACAGCCGUCACCGUGGCAACCACCAGCAGGACUACCAGAGCAGCGGGGACGAGGACGGCGAGGACGACUACAUGGCGGCGGCGGAGGCGGCCAUCGCAGCGCUGGGCAGUAGGGUGGACUCCCGCUGCCGGAGCUUCAGGGACUGCAAACCUCUGCUCAUCCAUAACUGGUCUGGGACGGCCUCCAGGGAGUUCCGCAGGGCUCCUGUUCAGUCUCCUCUGGACGAACCGGUGGUUCUGACAGACGAAGUCAUCUUCCCACUCACCGUCUCUCUGGACAAACUUCCUGUCAACACCCUGAAGGUGAAGGUCAUGGUGACGGUGUGGAAGAAGGAAGCCGAGAAGGUGGAGGUCCAGGAGCUGGGAUACCUGAGCGUCCUGCAGCAGAGAGAACCGAGCCACACCUUCAGACACGACCUGAACACCUUCAAAGCUCAGGUGAGCACCACCCUGACCGUCCUGCCGCCUCCAACCGUCCGCUGCAAACAGAUGACCGUCUCAGGGAAGCACAUCGCCGUCCUCAAAGUCCUGAAUGAAUCUUCCCAGGAGGAGCUGAGCAUCAGAGACGUCCGGAUUCUACCCAACCUGAACGCCUCCUACCUUCCCAUGAUGCCGGACGGCUCCGUCCUGCUGGUGGACAACGUCUGCCAUCAGUCCGGUGAGAUCGGCAUGGCGUCCUUCUGCCGAGUGGACAGCAAGGCCUGCCGACUUCCCAGCAUGCUCGGCGCUCUGGAGGAGCACGACUUCCUGUUCCAGCUGCACCUGAACGAUGUUCCGCAGGACGACUCUAACGAGGGUUUGGAGGUUCCUCUGGUCGCGGUGCUGCAGUGGUCCACUCCCAAGAUGCCUUUCACCAACUGUAUCUACACCCACUACAGGUUACCCAGCAUCCGUCUGGAUCGGCCCCGGUUCGUCAUGACCGCCAGCUGUCCCAGCGCCGUCAGAGUCAAGGAGCACUUCAAGGUCAAAUACGUUCUGAUCAACAACCUGCAGGAUUUCCUGGCCGUCCGGCUCGUCUGGACCCCCGAAGGGCGCGGCCGGAGCGAGGACGCCACGCUGGCCGCGGUGGUUUGCCACACGCCACUCAGUAACCUGGGUCACUGUCGCAAAGGAAGCACUCUGUCCUUCAGCGUCUCCUUCCAGAUCCUUAAACCUGGGCUGUACGAGCUAAGUCAGCACAUGAAGUUAAAGCUUCAGUUCACCGCUUCCGUUUCCAACCCUCCCCCUGAUGCCCGGCCGCUCUCACGUAAAAACAGCCCGUCCAGCCCAGCCGUGCGAGACCUGCUGGACCGACACCAGGCCAGUCUGGGUCGUUCCCAGUCCUUCUCGCACCAGCAGCCGUCCCGAUCGCACAUCAUGAGGACGGGCAGCGCCAUGGAGCGUCGGGCCAUCACGCCCCCUGUCGGCUCCCCCGUCGGGCGGCCGCUCUACCUGCCGCCGCAGGACAAAACGCUGCUGUCCGUGGACAAGAUCGCCAAGAGGGAAUGUAAGGUUCUGGUGGUGGAUCCGGUCGGCUAAUUUUCACCUGGAAAAAGAACCACAAGACUAAAGUCAAAGAUGUGAAACUACUGAGCAGAAGAGACGCUGGCUUCUCAGGAAAUAUUGAUGGAGAAGCGCUUCCACAUGAACUGUUGGGAGGAACUGAGUUUAAUUAUAAAAUAUUUAUUGUUUUAAUGUAUUUACAGGCAGCAUUCCAGGUCCUGAACAUUUCCUGAUGUUACAGAGUAUUAAGCUGUUUGCUUCAGAUGACCAUGUGUCCCGUUUGGUCCUGAUUCAGAGGGAAACUCAGGAAGAGAAGCUGAUUCUAGGAAAAAGCCGGGAAAUAUUUAACCUGCUGAAUCUUCAAAUCAACAUGGUUUCCCUCUGUUUAGCACCAAGCUUCUGCAUCGAGCUGGAAAACUUAAAAAGUGUUACCUCAUCGUUUCUGUAGUGUUUAACGGUGGAAGACGUUACAGUCAGCCUGAAGGCGGAGGAGUGGCCUCUGGCUUCAGCGCUGCUUCCACCAUCAUCUGUUUACAAUCAGCAUCGCUGUCAUUCCUCCUCAAGUUACUGAAUGUUGAAUUGAUCUGAUCCGAAAAGGCGAAGACACUGGAGUAACCGCUGGACGGGCUGUCACGUUCACUGGAAAAUAACUCUCUGCUGUGAUCUCCAGAAUACAGAUUGAUGUUUAAAAGUU